CUGUACACCAUCAAAGUUGCUCUGGUUUGAGAGGCUGGUUUCUCGAUUUCACGGCAUUCUCAGAUACCUGUAUCAAUUUUACGUUUUUGUUUCAAUCGAGGAUUAUCUGACGAUUUCAACAUUUGAAUAACUGUCUACGAUGUGAACACCUUCAACCCGGAAAAUGUUGGCAAAUCUUUGCUUUUGAAGUAAACAUGAAUGGUUUAUUGGUAUAAACUACUGCAAAAUGAGCAGUAUUGGUCCGGGAUUCAAAGAGGUCAAGUUUACAACGCCUCUUUGUGAUGGAAAUCUCCUUAUAGUUAUGUUUUCAAAUUCAACAUUACAGCCCAAUAGAAGUUAUGACGACUUUUUCAAAAAUUGCCCAAACACUUUGGCGUGGAGGUUGCUCUUGCUGGAUUGUCAGUCAUACGUCUACGCCAUAGCUGUUGCUCUUGUUAUAUUGCCCACAAUAAUAUCGAAUGUUUUAUUAUUCAUUGGUAUGAUGAACACAGGACAGUUCAAGUCAUCAUGUAAUUUGUACAUUUUUGUCUCGUCAAUUAUUGGAGUUCUAAGUGGCUUGACUGGAUUUCCAAUGUACGUCGUGCUUUUUACUUUGUAUCGCAAAGAAAGAUUCUGUAUACUCGAGAAACUUGCGGUUUGUACUGCACAAUUCAAUGGUCACAUGAUAGGGUAUGCAAUACUUGCACUGGCAAUAGAUCGCUACUUCAGUGUCAGGCCAGACUUAACAAUGCUUUCUUUUGCCAAGCAGGUCCAAUCGAAGCUUGUAUCCCGCUUUGUCGUUGCUAUAUUUUCCGCCUUGUCAUUUCUGCACGGCCUUGUCUCGGUCGACUACUUUACGGUGACAAAAAACCUUUACGGUAAAAUUAUAAUGAUGACUAUAAAUGUCUUGAUCGUAUUUGUUGUUUACGCUGCGUAUCUCAAGCUUUAUCACGACAUUAGUGUGCACAAUAACUCUUUUAGGAAAGCGUUUCAAACUUCAGAGACUUACAGAAUUACCACAAAGUUUAACUCAAGAACACCAAGGUAUUUACGCGAGUUUAUCAAAACAAUAUCAAUUAUAUUGGUGACUGGAAUGAUAUGCUAUGCUCCAUACAUUGCGAUGGACUUUUGGACAGGAUGGUAUACAUUUGUAAAGAAAAUACCAUCCCCACGGACAGUUCGUUUUAUCUACUAUCUAAGCUCAGUCUGUGUGUUCCUAAAUGCAUCGAUAAACGCUACGCUGUUUUUGUACAGAAACCAGAAGGCUUGGUUAUAUGUAAAAUAUCUGUGCUUGUUAUCGAAAAGACAUAGAACUCAAAGUCAGGAAUCCAUCCCAAUGAGUUUCUAUGGAGUAGAGCGAAAUAUUACCGAAAUGAAAAAACAUCAUCAUCAUAUAUAUUUUAUGAGGCAUUCCGAUGCUUCACUGUGUGAAUCUCCGAAAUCAACGCCAAUAUUAAAGCGGGCUGCUUUCAUCGUAGACAAUAACUCUCCCCAGUCCCCUAGGAUGGCAUGUGCUCGUGUUUAGGUCAAAUCAACUGAAUUGCUUGUCGCAGAAUUAUACUUUGCCUUUGAGACUCUACUUUCUUUCUUCUUUUUUUAAAGUUUAUACAAUUUCUAGCUACGCAAAAGCUGAAUUAGGAUUGUUUGGGUAAAUGAGUAUCAGAGCUCAACAACGGAUCAAAAUUACCUUCAAAUAGAGGAUAAACAUUUGAAAGUUUCACUUUAAAGCGAUAUGUAGCUCUAUCUAGGAAAAUCUUCAUUGCACUUCCUUUUUCGAAAUACAUUCUUACACAAGAAAAGUGUUCAAAUUAUCAAUAAAGCUGAUGACAUUCAAUAAAUUAUUACUUUUUUAAAUCUGCAUAUUUAAAAUCUAAAUUGGAAACAAAACUGUGUCUUUCCAGCAUCAGAACUUUUUCUUAAUCUUUCGUGUGAAUAUCGUUCCAUUUUUCGUUCAUUUGAUUACAUUUUCCCAUGCAAUGCUUAUUCUUAUUAAAAUCAGGUUUUUAAUAUAAUAACUUCAGUGGUCUUUCUUUUGUAAACAGUGUUUAAGAAUUUAUAACGUGAUGGUGAAGAUGAUCUUAUUACGUAUCUCUUACGUAUAUUUUGAUCCUCACACUGUAAAGUAU